CGUCCAACCAAGCUGCCCGACAACCCCCAAGUACCUAGGGCCAUGUUCGCUGUCGACCGCUGGUGAUACUACAAAGUCAAAUGCUCCGCUGUGUUGCUGGCUAAACACAAGAAUAUAGUUGUCUUUGGAGAGAUAAGUAGUCUAAACCCACCCUUCAUAGAGUAUCAACAUGCAUUCCCGGCAUAUGACAGGGUUCCCCGCGAAAACCAGACAUGUUCAUCAAGAGCAAGCAACAUCGAUCUGAUCCUUUCCCUUGUGGCCCGUCCUUUCAUCUGAUCACGGCUCUCGCAAAGCUCAAAGGCUGUUCACAAGUUGUUAUGGAGGGUUAGGGUGAAUCCCGAGUUCCCGGCCCGCCUCGGCGCCCGCCGAUCCGGUCGCAGAUCGAAUUUCUGGAUAGCGCCGCGGGCUAUUUUCCAUCUUUCAGAAAUUCCAGUUCCAAACACUUCACGUCGCCCCCCGCACCGCACCCUUUUCUCCCCUCCUUUUUGCUCCUCUGUCCGGGCAGAGACGCCAACAGAUGAUAUGCUUGUGUCUCCAUUGCGCCUUGUCCGAACCAUCAUGACAUCCGUUACCGAAGAGACGACAGCCCCGGUCCUGGCUGCUGCUGCUGCUGCUGCUGCCGCGGGCCUGACCCAGAAGAGGGUGCCCAUCCCGCCGCGGGGCGUCGACUAUCGUGGCAAAAUCGUUCUGGCUCCCAUGGUCCGCUCUGGAGAGCUUCCCUCGCGCUUGCUGGCUCUUCAUUAUGGUGCCGAUCUCGUAUGGGGCCCGGAGACCAUUGACCGUGCCAUGAUCGGAACCACCCGCCGUGUCAACCCCCGCAACCACUGCAUCGAAUGGACUCGGGUCCCUACCAACAACGUCAAAAAGGAACUGUUCGACGAGUCCGUCAUCUACCGCAUCGACCCCGUCCGCGAAGCCGGCCGUCACAUUUUCCAAAUCGGCACCUCCGACCCAGCCAGAGCCGUCGAGUGCGCCAAGCUUGUCGCCGCUGAUGUCUCUGGAAUCGACGUCAACGCCGGCUGCCCCAAGCCCUUCAGCACACACGCCGGUAUGGGGGCUGCGCUGCUUCGAACGCCCGAGAAGCUGGUUUCCAUCCUCGAAGCCCUCGUCGCCGAGAUCAAGCCGGCCUUCGACAUCGGCAUCAGCGUCAAAAUCCGCCUGCUCGAGACCCCCGCCGAAACAGAAGCGCUCGUCCGCCGACUUUGCGCCACGGGCAUCACCGGUCUGACGAUCCACUGUCGCACCACGCCCAUGCGCCCACGCGAGCGCGCCAUCCGCGGCCAGCUGCGUAUGAUUGCCGAUGUAUGCCACGAGUUUGGAGUAGCUUGUCUGGUGAACGGCGACGUCGAAAACAGGGACCACGCGCUCGAGCUGAUGGCCGAGUACGGCACCGACGGGGCCAUGAUCGCGACCUGCGCCGAGAAGAACGGCUCGUGCUUCCGCGCCAAGGCGGACGGCGGACUGGCGACGUGGGAGGAGGCCGUGGCCAAGUACGUCCGGUUUGCGAUGGAGGUCGAAAACAAGUUUCACAACACCAAGUUCAUGUUGACGCAGAUGGUGCCCGGCAAGAGCCCCAAGUACAGGGAGCUGACGCCUUGCAAGAGUUAUGGCAAGAUUAUCGAGGUAUUGGGGUUGACGGGCGAUGAGGAGCUCGUGGAGAUGGCGAGGAGGACGGAUGAGCUCAUGAAGCUUGUUACUCCCGAUGGAAGCAGCAGCAACAGCAGCAGCAGCAGUGGUAAUGAUAAUUCCAAGGUGGAGGCGGCAGGUGAUGAUAAGAAGAAGCAUGACCUGACGAAUAAUGUUGCUCAGCAGGAGAACCUGAAGAGGAAGAGGGAGGAUGGUGAUGAGGAAACCGAGAAGCAGCAGCCCCCUCCCUCGAUGAGAAUCAACGUUUCCGAGGCCGGUGAAGCCGCCACAACUGCCGCUACCUCUGUCGCCGAGCAGCAGUCCUCGCAGCCCGUUGCCGCUGCCGUCGCCGCUUCAUAGGCUGGCUGUUCUCUCUUUCCCAAAAAGUCUCUACACUUCUUUUACUCGGGCCUUUUCUUCAAUCUACGGUUAAGGCACAUACAUAGCGCGGUUACACAAAAUUCGGUUUAGAGUUGGGCGUUUGAGAUGGGGCGAAUCUUACAGUUGGGGUUUUUUUUUUUUUUUUUUGGGAGUUAUUUUCUUCUUUCAAUGGCAUGAUAUCCGAGAGAAGCGCCUUGAUUGGACAAUGCAAUCAUAAAGUUUCGAUGGGUCAGUUCAAACAAGACCGGAGGCAACUUCUGGUUACUGCUACCUACGUUUACC